CUGCGAUAACAGAAGGGGGACUGCAGUUUCUUGAAGCACUAAACUACUUCUUGGAUCUUUGGCAAGUUGAUAAGGCUCUACGGGGAAAAUGAAAUUUGAAAAGUCGAUGUUGGUUUUGGUGCUGAUCGUGGUGUUUGGAUUAGUAGAGGCCAGAAGGGGGAGAGCGAGGAGUAGGACUAAAUCAAAGUUUCAAAUUGGCUUACCGAUAACAGGAAAAUACAGAGAUCCAGAAUCUGACCAGUACUACAACAAUAACAAUGGAGCAAAAAUUACACUAGCCUCACACUUUGACUAUGAAUACGUCCUGGGCCACAAGAUAGCGUUUUUGUGUGUAGCCAGAGGAAAUCCACGACCACACAUCACUUGGUAUAAAGACGGCAGCGAGAUCUUUACUCACCAAUAUUUACAUAUCCACGAAUGGCAGAUGGGAAGAGAUAAAAUCAAAAGCAAGUUAGAAAUAGAUCCUGCUACUCAAAUGGACGCCGGAGUAUACGAAUGCACAGCCGACAACAUGUACUCCAUUGAUCGGAGAUCAUUCAAAACUGAUUUCAGCAUUGCCUUCGAUUAGUGUACUAUAUUUAUGACAAAUCAAUAACUUUAUUUAAUUUUUUAUAUACCAACAAUUACACUUUACCCUAUAA